AUGUCGCGCCACUUUGGUAGUUACAGAACUUCAGUACCUAUCAAAGGUGGAAGCAAACCCAAUGUUCUCGAACUAGAUUCUAUCCUUUCACUGUUUGUGGCUAGAAAUGAAAGAUUCUUGUCUACAAGUGCUGAGAAGGUUGAUGGAUCAUCAAAACCUGAAGAAGCAGAGAGAGUGGAAUUUACACGUUCAACAGAAAAGGUCAGGAAGAAUUUGACGAGUAAUACACCUUUUCGUUCACCACCUACAGGAAAUCUGCUUUCUCCUGAAUCAUUAGGGGAUCCAAUGAAUGGAGUGACUUCUGUGAUCUCAUGUGUUGGAGGUUUCGGCUCAAACUCUUACAUGUAUAAUAUCAAUGGAUCUGCAAAUAUAAAUGCUAUUAGAGUUGCUGCAGAACAAGGUGUCAAAAGAUUUGUAUAUGUCUCUGCUGCUGACUUUGGUCUGAUGAAAUAUUUACUGAAAGGAUAUUUUGAAGGAAAGAGAUCAACAGAAACUGAACUACUGGAUAAAUUCCCACAUGGAGGUCAAGUUUCCCAAUCUCUUGCUCUUGAAUUUUGGCAUUUGGAUAAUUCUCAUAUUGUAUGGCCGGGUUUCAUACAUGGUACUCGUAGGGUUGGGAGUAUUCAUCUACCUUUGAGUGUUAUCGGGGCUCCACUGGAGAUGGUUCUCCGACAUGCUAAGGUGCUGACCCGACUGCCACUUGUUGGUCCUCUUUUUAUACCUCCUGUAAAUGUCACUUCAGUGGCAAAGGUUGCUGUAAGAGCUGCAGUUGAUCCAUCAUUCCCUUCUGGCAUUGUUGAUGCAAUGGGAAGAUUGGACCUGGAGGAUAGUAGAUGCCGUGUGAUGGACUUAAAGAAGACCAACAAGAAAGCUCAGGCAAUGAGAAGAUUGGACAAGCAAGAACAGCCUCAAACUUAG